UUUCUGUAUACCUGCAUCAAACAUAAAAUGAAAUUCUUAAAAAGACAGUUAAUUAGAAGUAACUAGAGGGCUUGGAAGAGCUUCACCUAUAUAAGGAAUAGGAUUAUUAGAACACAAGUCCUGCAGAACUACCACUGAGCACAGAAUGGACAGAUUACUAUGAUACCAUUCCAAGCAAUGAGGCUAAUGAGAACCAGCCCCAUUUUCAAGGUGUGACUGGUCUGCGAAACUUGGGCAACACAUGCUACAUGAAUGCCAUCUUACAGUGUCUCUGCAGCAUCUCACCGCUGGUGGAAUAUUUUCUCUCUGGAAAAUACAUUACUGCUCUUCAAAAGGAUUGUGGUGAGGUUGCCACUGCUUUUGCCUACUUGAUGACAGACAUGUGGCUUGGAGACUCAGACUGUGUCUCACCAGAAAUAUUUCGGUCAGCUCUUGGCAACCUCUACCCAGCAUUUAUGAAAAAGACACAACAAGAUGCUCAGGAAUUCUUGAUUUAUGUCCUGAAUGAACUUCAUGAAGCUCUGAAAAAGUACCACCAAAGAAGAUCACACGAGAAAAGGUCUACUCAAAGAUGCUGCAGGAAAGUGAUCACCAAUGAGUCGUCCAUCAUCACCCGGCUAUUUGAAGGACAGCUCAACUAUGAGAUCGUAUGUUUAAAGUGUGAAAACUGCACCUAUAAGAACGAAGUCUUCACUGUCCUCUCCCUCCCCAUUCCAUCAGGAUGUGAAUGCUCUCUUCAGGACUGUCUCCAAUGUUUUUUUCAACAAGACACAUUGACCUGGAAUAACCAAAUUCAUUGCUCCUUUUGCGAAACCAAGCAAGAAACAGCUGUGAGGGCCAGUAUUUCCAAAGCACCAAAAAUAGUAAUUUUUCACUUAAAAAGGUUUGACAUUCAAGGUACAAUGAAAAGGAAACUGAGAACAGAUAUUUAUUAUCCACUCACCAACUUGGACCUUACUCCUUAUAUUUGUCCAAUUUUCCGGAAACAUCCUAAAUACAACCUCUGUGCAGUGGUGAACCACUUUGGUGAUCUGGAUGAUGGCCACUACACUGCUUUCUGCAAGAACUCAGUUACCCAGGCCUGGUAUAGCUUUGAUGACACACGAGUCAGCAAGAUUCCAGAUACUUCAGUUCAAACUGCGACAGCCUACCUCUUGUUCUAUAGCUGCCAGCCCUUUUCUAUACCUAUACAAAAACACAAGAGCUAGGAAAAUAAUGUUUUCUGAAAACUGCAGAACAGUCAGAAAUUGGCAAUUAAGUUUUGCUUUGUCAUUAAACUCUUGCUUCACUAAAACUUUUAAGUCUUUCUGGUAUAUUAUGCAGCCUCUUAUAAUAGGGCAGGUCUUAUCAAAGAAGAUGGUUCCUGGCCCACCGACAAAUUUAGAGUGAAAAUAAUGCAAUACUAAGUGGAAGCGUGCCUUAAAAGCAGUGCAUAUUAUGCACUGAGUUCAGGUUUCAAAAUCCAAUGUUUAUUGGGGUGGAUUUUCUUUCAUAAGAUCUUAUAAUUAUUUUCCAAAGAUUUUUUGUGGGGCUAAACCAAAAUAAUUUUUGUUUAAAUGGUUCUCUGAGCUUAAGAAUGUAAUAUUUAAUUUAAGAAUGAAAAUAUUUAAUCCAGAAAAUAGUUUAGUCAUGAAACUACAAGACUCUUAGACUAAUUAAUAGUAGAACCUGAGAAGUUGUCAGCUAUACAAUUCAAAACCCAUCCUUUUGUCUUCUUCCAGAGAUUCACUAAUGGUGAUAUCUUUCAGAAGCACUUUUAGAAUCUUAUUUUCACAUGGAAUGUUUUUUAUUGACUUCAUCAUAGGAACAUCCCCUGAGGUACAUAAUAAAUUCUAUGUUCCUCUAUCCAUUUUAAUACACCACUUUGUAAAGUGGUUCAUAAUGCAGUUCAUUUUGCAAUCAUGCUUGGCUCCUAUUCCUUUUUACCUUAAUCCUAAGAAUUCUACUACUCCUGAUAGAAUGAGUCUGAGUACUAAGUUGUUAUAUCUUACUUUGACUUCCAAUUCUGAGAACCGUAAGUGUCAUGUAAAGUUCCAGUUCCACUGUCAAGUUGAAGGUAGAAUGGAAUUAAGUCCUGAUGCUAUAGGAUAAAAUAAACUAAAUUUUAAGUCCAAUGUAACACAAUAGCGUGUGUAUAUGUAAUGUAUGUGUGUGUGUCUGUGUAGAAAACCAAUGUUUUUACUGUAACAUUAAAUGUAACAUUCAAGUAAACAUUAAAAAAUAAUGUAACAUUAAAGACAGAACACUUAUAGGCUUUUAAAUUAUUUUUUAUCAUUAAGAUUUUAAUGUAGGUGUAAAUAAAAUUCUCAUUUAAAAAAUUAAA